UGUUGCCUGGCUCUUUGACGGGUGAAGCUCUAAUACGAGUACGAAUGGUGGAGGUAGGGAUCCCAGAUGCAAGCGGUCGACGAGGUAAAUCGUAUAAGAUGUCCGGAAACCAUUCCCACUCGGUAGCAGCAGUCCAUUCUCUCAGUUACUGCCCUACACGAAACACCAAUGGCUUCCCAAAUGUCUCUUCUCGAUGCCAUAGCGACCCGACGCACAAUUUACGACCUUAACUCCUCCUCUCCAGUCCCAGACUCCCGCAUCGUCGAUAUUGUGCACCACAUCACCCUUCACACCCCCUCCUCAUUCAAUAGCCAAUCCGCCCGCUUCCUCAUCCUCCUGCGGGAGGAGCACCAACGGCUCUGGGACCAUGCGCGCACCAUCAUGUCCCAGGUUCUCCCCGAGGCCGUGUUCACAACGUACUUUGCGCCCAUGAUUACAAAGUACCGCGGGGGCUACGGCACGAUCUUGUGCUUCGAGGACCAAGCCACUGUCGCGGCCACGGCGGAAAAGUACGACGGUAUCAUUCCGUACAAGAAGUUCGAGCAGUGGAGCGAACAUAGCGCUGGGAUGCAUCAGUUUGCGUUAUGGUGUGCGCUUGAGGCCGAGGGUAUGGGCGCAAAUUUGCAGCAUUAUAACCCGAAUAUCGAUGACAUGGUGAAGGAAAUAUGGGGCGUGAGUGAUGACUGGGUGUUGAAGGCGCAGCUGGUCUUUGGGACACCCGCGAACAAUGACAAAAAAGAAAAGGAAGUGAAACCGCUGGAAGAGAGGGUGCUGGUGAAAGGUAUCUGACCGGAACCCAAACCACUUGAUAUGUUCCCCUUGAUACGACCAAAUGCUGCCUCUCGACUUGUGAAGCCAGGUCAAUGCGCGGCCGUACUUCACACACUGGGAUCCAGCGGAAUCACCCAUCACCGAAAUUACGGUUCUGAGAGCAUCUUUGGUCAAUGCGGUGAGCUGCCAAAUUUGGUACACAAAAAGUGAACAUCGUAAACGGUACCCCAAUCCCAAUGUCUACUUUCCGGACAAGUACAUUACAUUCAGAAUAGGUUUCUCUCACAACCAAGCAGGUGAUUCGGUGGGGAGGGGUUGAAUGCUAGAAAUUGGGUACUUAGAAAUCCGGCGAAAGAUAAGGAGAGAUAGCGUCUGUGGUGGCGAUGUUCAAU